AUGCGUAAGUCGGCGCUCGAUGUUGUUAAUAAGCCAUUUUUUGUACCGCCAAAUGCUAACACUUCGUCAUAUAGGUCCACAGUGUCAGCAAUCGACCCCAGUACCGGGCAAGUUAUUGAACUGCCUAUAGAUCAAGCUGGGGCUUACAUAAUGCAAGAUGGUUCGAGUGUCCUCGCCGGAGCUCAGCUUCAAGGCAAUAUUCAAGGCGGGAAAAGUCUUCUAAAGCCGGAAUUGGCUCAGCAUCUGAAUCAACAUCCUGGUUUUAAGGUGAUUUUCAAUAAUGACUUAAGCGAUGUUUUGAUUUUGUCUCCUAGCACUGAUGUUCCAUUUGAAUGA